AUGGCUCCCGCCGUCGGUAUUGAUCUGGGAACCACCUACUCCUGUGUGGGUGUCUUCCGUGAUGACCGCAUUGAAAUCAUUGCCAACGACCAGGGUAACCGCACCACUCCCUCGUUCGUCGGUUUCACCGACACCGAGCGUCUCAUCGGUGAUGCCGCCAAGAACCAAGUCGCCAUGAACCCCCACAACACUGUCUUCGACGCCAAGCGUCUCAUUGGUCGCCGUUUCCAGGAUGCUGAGGUCCAGGCCGAUAUGAAGCACUGGCCCUUCAAGAUCGUCGAGAAGGCUACCAAGCCCGUCAUCGAGGUUGAAUUCAAGGGUGAGGCCAAGCAGUUCACCCCUGAGGAGAUCUCUGCCAUGAUCCUCGUCAAGAUGCGUGAGACCGCCGAGGCUUACCUCGGUGGCACCGUCAACAACGCUGUCAUCACUGUCCCCGCCUACUUCAACGACUCUCAGCGUCAGGCUACCAAGGACGCCGGUCUCAUUGCCGGUCUCAACGUCCUCCGUAUCAUCAACGAGCCCACUGCCGCUGCCAUUGCUUACGGUCUUGACAAGAAGGUCGAGGGUGAGCGCAACGUUCUGAUCUUCGAUCUUGGUGGUGGUACCUUCGAUGUUUCUCUCCUGACUAUCGAGGAGGGUAUCUUCGAGGUCAAGGCCACUGCCGGUGACACUCACUUGGGUGGUGAGGACUUCGACAACCGUCUGGUCAACCACUUCGUCAACGAGUUCAAGCGCAAGCACAAGAAGGAUCUGACCACCAACGCCCGUGCUCUCCGUCGUCUCCGCACCGCUUGCGAGCGUGCCAAGCGCACCCUCUCUUCCGCUGCCCAGACCUCCAUCGAGAUCGACUCUCUCUUCGAGGGUGUUGACUUCUACACCUCCAUCACCCGUGCCCGUUUCGAGGAGCUCUGCCAGGACCUCUUCCGCGGUACCAUGGAGCCUGUUGAGCGUGUCCUCCGUGACGCCAAGAUUGACAAGUCCUCCGUUCACGAGAUUGUCCUCGUCGGUGGUUCUACCCGUAUCCCCAAGAUCCAGAAGCUCGUCUCCGAUUUCUUCAACAAGGACGCCAACAAGUCCAUCAACCCCGAUGAGGCCGUUGCCUACGGUGCCGCUGUCCAGGCCGCUAUCCUGUCCGGUGACCAGUCUUCCAAGUCCACCAACGAGAUCCUGCUUCUCGAUGUCGCUCCUCUUUCCCUCGGUAUUGAGACCGCUGGUGGUGUCAUGACUCCUCUGAUCAAGCGCAACACCACCAUCCCCACCAAGAAGUCCGAGACCUUCUCCACCUACUCCGACAACCAGCCCGGUGUCCUGAUCCAGGUCUUCGAGGGUGAGCGUGCUCGCACUAAGGACAACAACCUCCUCGGAAAGUUCGAGCUCACUGGCAUUCCCCCUGCCCCCCCGUGGUGUUCCCCAGGUUGA